GUCUGCUAGUGCUAUCCAUCCAGCCAGCCCCGCCGCGAUCUGCGCCAGCCAUGCACGACCCGGCGGAGAUCCGGAACCUCCCCAUCGACAUCGCCUUCGGCCGCCUCCAGGAGUGGCUGGUGGACCGCAAGCGGGUGCCGCAGGACUGGAGGAAGCGCCUCGCCGGCGUCCGCGCCCGCGUCGCGGCGGCCUUCGCCUCCGUCCCGCGUGAACUCGACCCCUCCCUCCUCGCCCUCGAGCCAGACGAAAUUGGGUAUCUUGAAGCAAAGAAGAUAUAUGGCAUCCUCCUGGAGUCCAACACGGAGAGUAGGAACAUAUUUGGCCGCCUGACUGGAUCCGCGGGUGAAUGGGAAGCCAUUGUUAAAGCCUAUGAGAAGGACCAUUUGUUUCUUGGAGAAGCAGCUCAGAUCAUGGUCCAGAAUGUGAACUACGACAUUCCUUAUCAGAGGAAGCAGAUGCAAAAGACCCAGCAGCAGCUUGCAGAGCUGGACAGAAGGGAGGCUGACAUUAAGCGACUUGCAGCUUUGUCCGCAAGUAGAUAUGCAGAAGCUUGCCAGGAGCUUGGUCUGCAGGGAAUCAAUGUGCGCCAAGAACUGAUAGAGUCUGCAAAAACACUCCCUUCAACAUUUACAAAAAUCUUGGAAGUUCUGAACAGUGAUCCAGUCUCAAAGGCUACUGAGUACUAUACAACUUUUGUAAGGGACUGCCAUGCUGAGGAUAAGGAAAACUGCAAAUCCGUGCUACAGAAUCUGAAACAGUUGCAGGCUAAUCCUCCUUCCCUUCAUAUCUCAGUAUGCAAUGAGGUUGAAACUUCACUUGGAGAGACAUCAAAAGCUCAUGGAUCCAAUGUGACUGGGGAAGAGAACAUUGCCUCAAAUAUGUCUGCAGAUGAUAUUGACUGGGACAUCUCUUUGGAUGAUAAUGGAAUUGAUUGGGAUAUUGGUGCUGUUGAACAACCUGUAGAAGAAUCUGGCAAUGGUUUUGGAUCAUAUGAAAUUAUUGAUGCCAAUGUAGAGUUGGCAGGUUCUGAAAAUUAUAAUUUUGGUAUUUCAGAUGAUCCAUCUGUGAACAAGUCUAGUUCAUCUGAGCCUGGUAUUUGCUGGGACAUCACAGAUGAUAAUCCUGAAGAAAAUGCGACUAUGCAGAACGCUCCUGAAUCAGGACAGCCUCAAAGUUCAGCUGAAGAAAGAAGCCAAUUACUAGAGAAAGAGUACAGAAAUAAUAUUCUUGAUGAUUUACUUGAGGUUAAAGCAUUUUUGACCCAACGCUUAGGGGAGAUGAGGAAUGCUGAUACAUCAUCUCUACAGCAUCAAGUGCAAGCUGUGUCACCAUUUGUUCUGCAGCAGUAUGCUCCUGAAAAUUUAGAGAAUAUGCUUGCAGAGGUCUCAUCAGCAAUAUCUUUACUGACUAACCAGAAAACUCUUGACCUUAUAAUGAUUCUCAACUCAAAAAGGUUUUUAGACAGAUUAGUAUCAACAUUAGAAGAUAAGAAGCAUCAUGAGGUGAAACUACGAGAAGGCUUAGGUGAUCUGUCAGUUAAGCGCAUGGAGCUGCAAAACGCACUUUCCUCAUCCUGGCCUAAGCAAGAGGCAGCAAUUACAAAAACAAGGGAACUCAAGAAGCUCUGUGAGGCAACACUCUCAUCUGUUUUUGAUGGCAGGCCAGUGCAUAUAAUUGGGGAGAUCAAUACUUUACUAAGUUCAAGUGUUAGUCAAUUAGCUGGAUGACUGUAACAUCUGUAAUGAGCUGCAUGAGUGUACCUAAAACGAAAUCGAAAGCUGGUUAGUAACAUUAUGGUUCAUACUUU